AUGGGGGUGGUGAUUGAAAGCUCUGUUUGGGAGCCAAAUCCUGGCCUUUACAUAUUCAUCUUCUUCGCCUCUCUCUUCUCCAUCCUCGCCUUCCCUUACGCUUCAAACAAGUACAGCAGCACUGGCAGCAGCAGCAGCAGCAGCAGCUCCAGCAAAGCUCCGUCGCUCUUCGACCAUGGAAUCUCCCCCACCGCCUCCUCUCUCCGCUUCCAGAGGAACUUCCUUCUUAUCUAUUCUCUCGCCUCAGUGAUGGAGGGACUGUGGUCUGUAUUUGGUGAGUUUGAGUUAGCUUACUACGGUUUAAGCAGAGAGCAAAUGAUGUUUUCUCUCUGUGUUGGAUUUGCAGCUUCUCUUUUAAUUGGUCCCUUCUUAGGCGUACUUUCCGAUUUAAUAGGUCCAAAGAAAGUUUGUUUCCUCUUUUGCAUUCUACACCUCUUUCUUGGCUUGUGGAAGAGAAUCAUUGAUCAUCCGAGUGUUUUGGUGGCGAGUAUUUGUUUGUCUCUCGCAGCUUUGAUUUUUUCUUUCAGUUUCGAGACGUGGAUGGUAGUUCAACAUGAAGAGCAAGGGCACAGGCAAGAUAUGUUGAGUGAGACUUUUUGGUUGAUGAGUUUCUUUGAGUCCGCAUCUCUCAUUGGAAGCCAGGUGCUUUCAAAUUGGCUCAUUGGUAAUAAUGUGGACAAAAACAUGGCAUCUCAUUCCACUGCAGCCAUCUUUUUGGCAACAAUUGCCGUGGUUUGUCUUCUCAGAGGAUGGACAGAAACCCCACAGAAAGUAGCUCUUAAGGAGUAUAGGGCGUCUUUCUCUACAUAUGUUUUUGGUGAUAAAAGAAUAUGGCUUUUGGUGUGGGCACAGGCUUGCCUUCACUUCUCUGUAGCAGUCUUCUGGAUACUAUGGGCCCCUACUAUAGUGGCUGAUGGACGAGAAGUGCACCUAGGGUUGAUAUAUCCAUGUUUUUUGGGCUCAAGAAUGCUUGGAAGCACAAUAUUUCCAUGGCUCAUUAGUGGACUGUCAUCCCUGAGAACUGAGGAUUGCCUAGUAUUUGCAUUCAUUAUAAUGGGGCUUGUAUUGUCCAUAACAGCGUAUGAUUAUCAGGAAAUUGGAGUAUUAGUGACAUUAUUUUGCAUAUUUCAUGCCGGUCUUGGCAUGAUUUUUCCUUCACUAGCCAGAUUGAGGACAAUGUAUGUGCCUAAUGCACUGCGUGGGGGGAUGAUAAGCCUUUCUCAAGCCCCAGCAAAUGCAGCAAUUCUGCUUUUUCUGGUGCAAGGAAAAUACUACAAUAACAUCGGGAACUCAACAAUCAUAGCGUUUGCUGCCCUUGGACUAUUCACAGCAGCUGGUUGCAUGCAUGUCUUGAAGCGAUGGGGGAAGCAACCAUAUCAGAACUGGCAUAAACUCUGA